GAGUGUUUUGGGGGAUGGGGUCCGGGGAGGGUUAAGAAGUUGCAAUUGAUUAGGAGAAAGAUGUGCGAGUAUUUGGGGGAAAAGUGUAUGGGGAAAAUGGUAUUUUAAGUGGCACAACACUUAAGAUCAUGAGAGUGGGACAGAGAUAGUGCAACAGACACAGUGUUAAGAAGAUUUAUGUGCAUCAGUGGCAUCUUCAGCCCUCACUCCUGGUACCGCCUCAUGAGCCCUCAGCAUGGGAUGUCUUGUUCUUCUGGGUGGUGGUAAAUCGCAGAUGUGCUAGCCCUAUAUGGGUUCACCAUUUGGCCGUUGUAUUUGUUUCGAUUGGUGCAUACGCGGGUUUUUGCAUUUAAAAUUGUGUGCAUGCACAAUAAAAAGCGUAGAGGCCAUCGAUUCGAUCCUUGUAAGGAUCGUUUCUAUUUCGAGCAUACAAAAGCACUUUGCACGAGUAUAAAAGUCAAUGUUCAUUCGGCACAUUGUCUCACUCGCCGCAACAUUCGUGCCAUCGACAGGGCAGAUUUCAUUGUUAAUUAGUGUCUUAAAGAGGGAAGACAAAUAGCAUAUCAAGAUGUGUGAUGAAGAUGCGGGAGCACUUGUGAUUGACAAUGGAUCGGGAAUGUGCAAGGCCGGCUUUGCCGGAGACGACGCCCCGCGUGCCGUCUUCCCCUCCAUCGUAGGUCGCCCGAGGCAUCAGGGCGUGAUGGUGGGUAUGGGUCAGAAGGAUUCGUACGUGGGUGACGAGGCCCAGAGCAAACGAGGUAUCCUCACGCUCAAAUACCCCAUUGAGCAUGGCAUCAUCACCAACUGGGAUGACAUGGAGAAGAUCUGGCAUCACACCUUCUACAAUGAGCUCCGUGUGGCCCCCGAGGAGCACCCAGUACUCCUCACUGAGGCUCCCCUCAAUCCCAAGGCCAAUCGCGAGAAGAUGACUCAGAUCAUGUUUGAGACCUUCAACUCCCCGGCCAUGUAUGUUGCCAUCCAGGCCGUACUCUCCCUGUACGCCUCCGGUCGUACCACCGGUAUUGUCCUGGACUCCGGAGAUGGCGUUUCGCACACCGUACCCAUCUAUGAAGGUUACGCUCUGCCCCAUGCCAUCCUCCGUCUCGAUCUGGCCGGUCGCGAUCUCACCGACUACCUCAUGAAGAUCCUCACGGAGCGCGGUUACUCCUUCACCACCACGGCCGAGCGGGAAAUUGUGCGUGACAUCAAGGAGAAGCUCUGCUACGUAGCUCUGGACUUUGAGCAGGAAAUGGCCACAGCAGCCGCUUCCACCUCCCUGGAGAAAUCCUAUGAAUUGCCCGACGGACAGGUCAUCACCAUUGGCAAUGAGCGCUUCCGCUGUCCCGAGGCCCUCUUCCAGCCAUCCUUCCUUGGCAUGGAAUCCUGCGGCAUCCACGAGACCGUCUACAACUCCAUCAUGAAGUGCGACGUGGACAUCCGCAAGGAUCUCUAUGCCAACACAGUACUCUCCGGAGGCACCACCAUGUACCCAGGUAUCGCUGAUAGGAUGCAGAAGGAAAUCACUUCCCUUGCUCCAUCAACAAUCAAGAUCAAGAUCAUUGCUCCUCCUGAGAGGAAAUACUCCGUCUGGAUCGGUGGUUCCAUCUUGGCUUCUCUGUCCACCUUCCAGCAAAUGUGGAUCUCCAAGCAGGAAUACGAUGAAUCUGGCCCAGGCAUUGUCCAUCGCAAAUGCUUCUAAAUGCUCCAUAUCAACCACCAUCUAUCUUCACACUCAACCGGGGAAUCACCCAGCAGGGCGAAUAUGUGCAGAUAUAUUGAAAAAAUUCUCACAAACUCUUCACUCAUCAUAUGAUUUCUUUAAGUUUCUCUUUCACUUUUAAACACCAAAAAAAAACUACAUUUAACACCAAAUUGUUCCCAUCAAUUUUUGCAGAGCAAUACCUUAGCAAUUGCUCCCCAAAAGUUUGAUUAAAAAUGUGAACACAAAAUGUAAAAAAAAACACACACAAAUGAUUCAAAUCCACGAUUGAUUUGAUAUUUUUGUUAAUAAAAUGACUUUUUUUUGUAAAAACAUAUUGUGAUUUCGAAAUAAAGGGAAAUUUCUUGUCAUUUAACAGACGUCACGAAAGUACUGAAAAAAAAUCAUACGUUUUUUUCCUCAAUUCACUCACCAAAAAAAUUGCUCUUGAAAAAUUACCUAAUUAAAUUUGCCACGAUUAUUUCAUUAUUGCCACUCAAUUAUUUUUGGUUGAAGUAUUUUUCUUCUACUAAAAAUUUAAUUACACUGCUGUUAAUCAAUAAACGGUCAAAAGCGUGGGUGUUUUUGAACAACGACAGGGUAGUAUAAAAGCUCUAUAAAUUAUGCACCAGAACCUAAUUAAAUGAUUUAAUGGAAUUGUUUUAUUUCAA